AUGGCUUUCGGUGGAAUGGCUUUCGGCGGAAUGGCUUUCGGCAGAAUAGCUUACGGCGGAAUGGCUUUCGGUGGAAUGGUUCUCGGCGGAACGGCUUUCGGUGGAAUGGCUUUCGGCGGAAAUGCUUUGGGCGGAAUGGCUUCCGGCGGAAUUACUUUCGGCGGAAUGGCUUUCGGCAGAAUGGCUUACGGCGGAAUGGCUUUCGGUGGAAUGGUUCUCGGCGGAAUGGCUAUCGGCGGAACGGCUAUUAGCGGAAUGGCUUUUGGCGGAAUGGCUUUCGGCGGAGUGGUUUUGGAAGGAAUAUUUUUGUGUAGAAUGGCUUUGGGCGGAAUGGCUUACGACGGAAAGGUUUUCGGCGGAAUGGCUAUCGGCGAAAUGGCUUUUAGCGGAAUGGCUUUUGGCGGAAUGGCUUGCGGCGGAAUGGCUUUCGGUUAA